AGCCGGCUGCGUCCCGGGCGGGGCUGAGCCCGAGGGCCGCGCACAGGCUGGGGCGCCUGCGGAGGGAGGGGCGCGGCUGCCGCCGGCGCGCCGUGUGCUGAGUCAUGGCGAGAGCUGCCCGCUGCUCUCCAUCAGUCGUUCCGGGGCCGGCGCGGGGUGUGCAGCCAUUGGGCCGCGCGCGGGUCCGCGAGCGCCGGGCUUGACGCGCUGAGCCGCGCUCGCCCGUGGCCGCCGCGCCCGCCCUGCGCCCAGCGCCCCGCGCCCAGCGCGCUCUGCCGCCUCAGCCCCGCGCCGCACGGCCCCCCGCCUCGCCCGCACCAUGAUCGCCGCGGCUUUCCUCGUUUUGCUGAGACCCUACAGCAUCCAAUGUGCUCUCUUCCUCUUGUUGCUUCUGCUGGGCACCAUCGCCACCAUCAUUUUCUUCUGCUGCUGGCACCGCAAGCUCCAGAAAGGGAGACAUCCGAUGAAAUCGGUCUUUUCGGGUCGUUCCAGAAGCAGAGAUGCUGUUCUGAGAUCUCAUCACUUUCGCUCUGAGGGAUUCCGAGCAAGCCCUCGGCACAUCAGGAGACGAGUUGCUGCUGCUGCUGCUGCGGCUGCCCGGCUAGAAGAAGUCAAGCCUGUGGUGGAAGUUCACCAUCAGAGCGAGCAAGAGUCAUCGGGGAAGAAGCGAAGAAUCAAGAAAAAUAGCCGAGUGCAGCCAGAAUUUUAUCAUUCUGUCCAAGGUGCCAGAAGGCCUAGCUCCGGGAACGCAUCCUACCGCUGCUCCAUGUCCUCCUCUGCGGAUUUUUCUGACGAGGAUGAUUUCAGCCAGAAAUCUGGCUCAGCAUCUCCAGCUCCUGGAGACACCUUACCCUGGAAUCUGCCUAAACAUGAGCGGUCCAAAAGGAAGAUUCAUGGGGGCUCGGUGCUGGACCCGGCUGAGAGGGCUGUGCUUCGGAUAGCAGGUAAGAGGUGGAUGUUUCGUUUGUGUAGUGAAGAAGGAGUUUAUGAGGUAGAAACAGUGAAUAAUACAAGGGAAGAGGGAGGGGACAGUAGUCUGGACUGUGGUGAAUGGACAGUCCUUCCUAGAGCAGCAGCAGAUGCGCCGGCAGGCUCUGGGGGGCAGAAGGGAGGGGCCGCCGGCUGGUCUGCAGCAGCUCUGACCCUGGAGGCACUGUCAGGCCCUGAAGCACCCUGCCACCUCCAGAGGCCGCCAGGUCUGGACGUUUGUCCCCAGGACGCGGGUCGGUCCCUUUCGUGCCGUUACAGUGACCUGGCCCUCUGUGCCGUCAGAUGGGCUAGGGAAAGUACUUCCAAUAUGGUCGACGAUACCCCUUCCUCGGGGAGAGCCUCCAGCCCCAUCAGUAGGGACUAG